GCAAUUGGGCUGGAUCUGAAGAACGGCAUUAUUGAGGUUGUAAGCUCCUCCUGAAGCAGCGUGCCACAGCAUGAGUGUUGGUCCCAAGGGUGUCGCGAACGAUUGAAUUGGGGAUUCGAUGCCUGCGUCUCCACAACUCAACGAUGCAGUGCACAGGGAGUCAGCCGUCUUCAAUUUGGCUGCUGUUGCUCUCCCAUCAAUUAUUAUUCUCUACCGACGUCAUUCUUUGAGUCGGAGGCCGACUCCGUACUACUGGCCACAAAGCUGCGAUUCACUCGUGGACGUUGUCGCAGCAAGCCAACUUCAAGAGACUUUCAAACAAAUGACAAGGCAGUGAGGUGCGAAACGCCUGAACGAAAAAGGAGAUGUGCCCUGGCGCGAACUUAAU